UUCAACGGGAAGAUAUUAUCAGUAAUACACGUCAUCUACGUGAUUCGGUUCGACUUCUUAUCAAAGUAACUAGAGCUGGACCGAGAUCCAGCUAUCGAGAACCGUUGAUCUGGUCAAACAGCACUAGCGUAAACCACCUAGUAUUAUUAGCUGGUAUAGCUGGACACCGGCUCACUGUGACACCACAGACGUCAUUUCUAAACUUAUAGUACAUCAUCACAUCGUGCCCACCAUGCCUACCGUGGAAGAUUACGUCGAAGAGGAAGAGGACCAACAGCAACCGACCGAUUCGUUCGUCUUUGACGACGACACCGACCUUCCUCUCCCCGGUACCACACCUGCCAACCCUUCCAACUCGACACCUCGUCGAGCCCUACCUAACGCGGGAACAAGAGGAGCUCUCCUCUCCCACAUCGACGACGAUGAGGUAGAUUUUGAUCUGGCCAAGAUUCAAGCUCAAGGUCGAGGGAUCGAAAACGUCGGGGCACCUGCUGCUUCUUCCCGUUCUGCGACUGUCACCAGGAGCACCGACGAUGGCUCGAACAGGCCUACAGCGCCGGCUGGGGGGAUGCCGGGAAUGGGGGGGAUCAUGGGCGACUUGAUGAAGAUUCAAGAGGCCGAGGAUCAACGGAUGAGAAAGUUGGAAAAGCAGUUGGGUUCGACGCGGUUCGUCAAGGAUCCGGAAGAGUUCAAGAGAUGGCACUCGAUUUACCCGAUCUACUUUGAUGCAAAGGCAACGACCACCACCGGACGUCGUGUGACCCGGCAGAAAUCUCUCUGGUGGCCCCAGAGUUUCCACAUUGCCAAGGCGUGUAGCUCUUUGGGUCUCGAGACUGUACACGAGAUUGAAAAGUGUCACCCGAGCGAUUGGAAAAACCCGGGUAGGGUCAAGGUCAGGUUGGAAAGGGACGGCCAACCGGUGCAUCGGGACAUCAAAAACCGUACCCAACUGUACAACAUCGUAGCCACGCAGAUGCAGAGACAGAACGCGUCGUUGGUCUACACGAAACCUCCUCGAGAACCCAGCUCGUCCUCUUCUAAACCCCAAGCCGUCGCCAAACAACCAUCAGCCACUUCAGGAUCGAAAGCCAAGCCCAAGAAAUCAGCCAAGAGUGGUACGGCUCCGGCACCUUCGAAACCAUCUUCCAGUACCGUCAAGCCUGGACCCCGACCACCUCGACCUCCCCAUCCUUAUCCCUCGAUGGAAGAUCGAUUCCCGCUCAACUCUCCCCUCCUUGCGCUCGGUGUGGCCGUCGAGGCCGUCAAGCGGGACGUAGAGCAGGAGAAGGAAAACCUCAAGAAGGGCAUCGGUGCUCCAGGUGGUGGAGCGGGUGCAGACGGGGAGGGCAAGGGACAGCCGAAGAUGCCGAAGAUGAAGAAGAUCAUGGUCAGGAAGAGGUAGUUCUACUGAAAAGAACGGGCGCGGUGUCAGAAUGGGGGCUCAUGAAGAAGAAGGAAUUGUAUAAUCAGGAUUACGGGUCAGCCGUGUUCCUUCCGAUAUGAACCGAGAGGUCCCUAGCAAUCGGUCGGUCACAUCGGUCACAUCGCAGACGUCGUUCCUCGUCGAAUUUCCGAGAGCAGACCGAGAUGUGCCGCUGAGCUUCAACUCCGCUCUAACACACUUUGGCUAUGG